ACAAAGUACAGGAACAUAUCAGGAACACGCCUAGUACAGGGGAUUUCUAAUGAUUAACUCGUCUCUAGUCAUAACGAAAGUGAAUUUGCUACCAACAGGAGAGCAAACAACCCGGGUAGAGCAGAAUCAGAUGCCAUUGUCCAGGAUUUCGAGAAUAAAGAUAGAAAUAACACUUUUACUGUAGACAACUCAGAAGUGGAAGAAUUGCGGAAUACAAACAUCCCAAUCUGCUCUGUUGUACCUACAUGUCCUCAUCAUACAGGGAGUGCCUAAGGGUGACAACCAAAACAAAGGAACUUCUGACGCAGGAGUGACGGGUGAGCUGAAAAUCCCUGAUGGUUAUCUAAAAACUGGGAAAAUGAAUAACAGUAAAGUGAAAGUGGCUGUGAGGGUCCGUCCUCUAAAUCAGAGGGAGGAAGGACUAAACUCAGAGUGUGUUGCUCGGGUCAGUGGAAACCAGAUUACCCUUCUGCCACCCAUUUCCUGCAAGGAAAAAGCCAGAAAAGAACCUCAUAUCUUCACAUAUGACAACUGUUUCUGGACAGAGGGCAGACAUGAGACUGGGCAGGAAGAUGUUUUUAAACAUCUUGGAGAUGGAGCUCUUGAGAACAUAUGGCUUGGUUUCAAUGUGUGUAUCUUUGCUUAUGGCCAAACCGGAUCAGGAAAAACAUUUUCUAUGAUGGGAACACAUGACCAACCUGGUAUUGUGCCAAGAAUCUGCUCUGCUUUAUUUAAUAAAGAGUCCAAUGACUUGGACACAAUCAGGAUUGAGGCAUCCUAUUUUGAGAUAUAUAAUGAAGAGGUGAGAGAUCUUCUAAGGUCAGAUGAAAAGCAAGGAAAACUCAGAGUUAGACAAGACCAACUACUCGGUCCAUAUGUAGAGGAGUUAUCUUGCCAUGCUGUUCAAAGCUAUGAAGAGAUUAAAUUGCUGUUGGACCAAGGUAACAAACAGAGGGCCAUUGCAGAAACCAAGAUGAAUGAGCAGAGCAGUCGGUCCCAUUCUAUACUAACACUGACCGUUACACAAACAUGUAAUGAUCACAAGUCUGGAGCCUCCAGAGAGUUGGUGAGUAAGGUCAGCCUAGUAGAUCUGGCGGGAAGUGAGAGGUCCUACAAAUCUGGAGCCCAAGGCAGUCAGCUUAAGGAAUGUUGUAAUAUCAAUAAAUCCCUCUUAACUCUCGGUCUAGUCAUAAAUUCAUUGGCUGAAAUCUCGGAAAAUAAAAGGAAAAGUCAAUACGUGAGAUAUAGAGACUCUGUACUCACCUUGCUGCUAAAGAACAAUCUUGGAGGAAACAGCAAGACGAUUAUGUUGGCCACAGUCAGUCCUGCAGCAGAUAAUUAUCAGGAAACGCUCUCUACCCUAAGAUACGCAGAGAGCGCCAAACGAAUAGUCAACCAAGCCGUGGUCAAUGAGGAUGUGAAAUCCAAAGCCAUAGAGGAGCUACAAGAGGAAAUUAAAAGACUCAGUGAGCAGCUGACAACAACAGAACACGUCAAAACAGAAGUACAGAAACUGAAGUCACAGUUGGAGGAAAAAGAAAAUCUUCUCAGUGAUCUGAAAACCUCGUGGGAAGAAAAGCUGAAAAGGACCGAGGUCGCCACUCAGGAAUGGAAGAAGAAUUUAGAGAACAUGGGGGUCAUUCUUAAAAAACAGAAUGUCACAUUUAGUAAUGACUGCUAUCUUAUCCAACAAAGUACAUCAUUAAGUAUCCAUAAUAUAAAUGAUAUCAUCAAGAUUGGCUCUGGACCUUCUCAAGACAUCCAGAUCUCCGGUCCUGAUGUUGAGUGUGAACAUUGUGUGAUCAGGAAGACAGAAGGAGAAGUUUUUCUAAUUGCAGUCAACGACUCAAAAACCCACGUCAAUGGCUGCUUUUCCAAGACAAAGACCCAGCUGUGGCAUGAAGAUAAAAUACAGAUAGGAACAAAUGUAUUUGUUUUACACCAACCUAGCAGACCAAAGCCAGAAUAUAUGAAGGCAAAUGUUUCAUCUGAAGCUGAGGUUCAAACAUAUGAUGAAUUGAAUACAGAAAAUGGCAGGUCACCCAUAUUAUCUGAAAGGGAAGGCUGGAAUAGUAACAUGAUUGAGAAUGAGAAAUCCAAGACUAAAUCUGGAUUUUACAAGGCAACUAAAAGUUCUGAACCAACCAUUCCAGCCUCUGAUGAUGACCUUAACUCUUCUGAAAACAAACAAACAUCUGAUAUGUUUACCCAAAUCUCUAAUGGGUCAAGUCAACCUUUUGAUAUCAAAGUUAAUACCACCGGUUUAGAAUAUUUGGAGAUAGGUGAAGGCUCAAAAGUACAAGAUUCCAUGGUUCCAUGUUCACUGCAGUAUGGUGAGGCCAGUUCUCAAACUUCUGAAAUUUUAAGGAACAGUAAUUGCUUGCAGAAAACUAUAGAUCUGGAAGACCAUUCUACUUUACCAAGUGAUACAACAAUUUGUAAGGAGUGUACAGAGCGCCUGGCCGUCUUCACCUGGGACCCUAAAACAGAUGUAACUCCGCUAUUAAAGCUUUUGUCAGAACUUUCAGUCUUUGAAUAUUGGACUGUGUGCGGCUGCAUUUCUCAUCUUGAAGAAGAUAAAUGGAAAUCUUAUGUUGAUAGAUCCUCCACCCUUUUCCUGUAUCACUCAUACUCUCCGGAAACCCCUCUGCUGGAUCUGUUUUGUCUGAAGAAAUUCCUUGAUUACAGCAGAGAGAAACAUGGUUUAGAAAACAUAAAAGUUGUGAUAGCUGAUGUGGAGGAUAUAAAUUCGGAGAGGAAGAUUACAGAAUGGUGGAUGGUGGGGGAUUACCGGGACUGGGAACUUCUGACUCUCAGCAAAACAGAAAUGAGAUCCCUGAUUAAACAUAAAAUAAACCCUCUAUCAGCGGAGAGAAGAAUGGCCAAUAAACUCCGACACUUCUACCAGAUCCUACAGGAGGCUGCAGAGGAAUACUUUAAACAGAAUUUAAAGAAGGUUUCUUUAAUGUAUCCAUUCUGGGCCACUGGGAAUUUUACAGCCUGGUCAAAGUACAAACUUGGGAUCUUCUCCAGAUCAGCAAUUAGUGAUUAUUCCUGGAUAACAGAACUGCUCCAUUCAGAUCCAUUCGGGGUUCAUGUUUCAGAUGUCAGACAUUCUGAUUUCAGCAAUGACCCAAUCAGCACCCCCGGGACGUGCACCUUCGGUAUUUUGUACUUCACCAAGAAAAGAGGACAAAUCAAUGAGAUAGAUGACAAAGAUGUUCAACUGAUACAACAGUACAGAAGUCGUCAUGGGAAGGAUAAUGUGAUCAUAGUGAUGGAUAAUGUGGAGGACAGCAGUGAUCAGGAGAAGAUCCGGAUAUUGGAAAGUUACCCUAACAUAGGAGAUUUGUACCACAAUCUCUUUUUAUUCAGUCAGCAGGAAAAGUCAUCAGAGUAUAAGAACCUUAUUGUCAGCUCGCCAACAACAGGCUUGUGUAGCUAGAACUAUAGAAGGUAACAUUUCAAUACUUUAAUCUUAUAUAAUUCUAGUUUAUUGGAUGAUAUUUUUUUACUUUCUCAGUUGAUGUCUAUUUUCUUUAAUUAAAAGUAAACAUUUUACUUAAUCUGAGGCCGGUGGUUGAUAGACUUAAGGAACACUGCUCGCGCUGGAGUAAUUUACCAUUGAACCUCCUUGGACGCAUAAACGUUCUGAAGAUGAUUUUUUUUGCCCAAAUUUUAUUAUUUUUUCAGGAAUUGCCCUGUUGGCUCGCUCUUUUUUUCGGGACUUGGAUAGCUGUAUUGGCUCUUUUCUGUGGCGGGGUUCGUCCCCUCGGUUGGCCAGAUCCACCCUUCAGCUACCUGUUAGUUUCGGGGGGCUGGCGCUGCCCAACCUACUAGUGUACUACUGGGCUGCUGUACUGGUUACGGUGCGGUGGUGGUUUGAGCAGUCCAGGGCCAAUGCAGCGGUCUGUUUGGAGGCGGCUAUCGUGGGGUCCCUUACCGAACUUAGUAACCUGGUUUACCGGGGUCCAUCUGGAUACCCCCUGUUGCCGGGCCCGUCUAGGACUACGUUGAGGGUGUGGGGGGUGGCUAGGCGUCACUUUCAGUCCCCUGGCAGAUGGUCCCCCUUUACCCCAUUGUGGGGGAACCCUAACCUCAGGCACUUUCGUACCAUACUGGACCCGCAACUGUGGGCACGCUUGGGUAUUAAACUCCUGAGGGAUAUUGUUGGUAGUGGGUCCCUGCUUCCCUUCUCGACCCUGUCCAGUCGUUUUGGUUUGGCGCCCUGGAUGCUAUUCUGCUACCACCAGUUGCGGCAUGCUUUCAGGGCCCAGUUCCCUACCCCGCCUGUCCUUCAGGCUGACCUGGUUGAGGACUUACUGGCCUAGAGCUCCUUAAAAAAGGCACUGUCCACUCUGUACCUGAUGAUUCUCAGUAAGGAAUCCCCUAAGAUAGAUGCCCUGUGGAGCAAGUGGGAGGUGGAUGUCCCGUCCCUGGACAGAGGGGCGUGGGAGGAGUGCUUUGAAGAUGGGUAUAAGCUGGUGAUCUCUUCUAGGGAUAAAUUGAUACAGGCUAAGUUCCUGCACAGGGUGUAUUUCACCCCUCAGAGACUGCAUGGGAUAUAUCCGCAGCGUUCUCCUAACUGUCCAAGAUGCGGCACCUCGGAGGGUACAUAUAUGCAUAUGUUCUGGACCUGCUCUAAGCUGCUGGACUUUUGGUCUGCUGUUUUUGAGACUGUUAAUGUUCGUCUCCACCUGAGUCUUCCAGUCUCCCUGGAGCUGGCGCUCUUGGGAGUACAGCACGAUGAGCAGAGACCUCGGUAUACCAAGCUGUUGAUGUCUUUAUUAUUUUUCUAUGCAAAGAAGGCGAUCCUAUUGAAGUGGACCUCUAGGGCCCCUCCUACGGUGGGUGCGUGGAUGGAUGCGGUCAAUGCUGUUCUCCCCCUGUAUAAAAUGACUUACAUGAACAGGGGCUGCCCAUUGAAGUUUGAGCGGGUAUGGGGGCCGUGGAUAAAUCCUCUUUGACCUUGCCUGGCUAAUGACCCGUUGCCCUUUGCUGGUUCUUCCCCCCCCCCUCUCCCCUGUCCCUCCCCCUCCCCCCCUCUUCCCUCCCUUCCCCUCUCCCGGUCCACUUUAAUCGUUAUUAUUCAUGAUUGGUAUGCUUAACUGUACUCUGUUUGAAGUUUGACCUGCAGAAUGUUCUUCUAUGGGCUGUGACUCCUGUGCUUCAUGUCUGCUCAUCAUGCUGAUAUGUGUUUUAUUUCUUGUACCUUAUGUUGUACCACUUUUGCCUUAAUAAAGACCAACCUUGUUGUUAAAAAAAAAAGUAAGCAUUUUAGCAUCUUUGAUUGUGCAUAAGUGCCUGUCUGUGCAGUGGUGAUUAGUGCAGAAGUGUAUGCGGGUGCAGUGGUGGCAAUUGUAUACGAGCAUGUCAGUGCCGGGGUAGUGAAUUCUGAAGCACUUGUCAGUGCUAU